AUGACUCUUACGAAGCAACAAAUCAAGGCUAUCUCAGACCGCCCGUUUAACGAUACACUUAAUCACAUUCGAGACAAGCUACGCAACUUCAAUGAGUCCGACGACCUGCGGCAAGAAGAUAUUGCAAGCCUCUUGGGCGCUUUGGUCGCCUCUCCAGCCGCGUUCACCCUUCCGUCCCCAGACGGAAGCGGCAGCGUGGCAGUCAGGCUGCUCUCCAUAUUACAGCAUGUUCGAGGAGACGGAGUAAAAUCUGACCUAUUCCGCCCUCUCGUUCGUCGCGUCAUCGCCAGAGCUCCCGACAUCGACACUUGGGAAGCUGUUUUCAAUGUCAUCGAAUCUCUCAGCGCCCUCACUCCCCCGUCGAGCAUCGCCCCAACCUACAAGGGAACACCCGUCAAGACCAGCUCGAGCCGACUUUCCGAUAGCGAAACACGCGACAUUGUCGAAGGGGAGCUCUUCUUCGAGAUAAAAGAUUGCACCUUUCGCAAUGUGGGCGGAUUCUGCGACAAGUUCUUUGACUCCAAGAGCUGGCGCAAAGAACAGAAAAAUAUGCUGAAGAGGAUGAUGGCAGCGCACGACGGAAAGGAAUGGACGGACUUCCCGUCCAAUCCCGACGAAAACCCGGUCUGGGCAUGGCUCUGUGCGCUUGAAGAACGCUUCUUGAUUGAUGCACCACACAAAUUGUACACCACACGAACCGCCAACCAGUUCAAGGAACGGAAAGGCCAGAUGGACCUUUUCUUUCAGAUGCCAGACAGGGAAGCUAACAGCACCUUUACCUACAAGGACGUCCUUGUCGUUGGAGAGCAAAAGAAGUCAUACGAUACAAGCAGGUUCAAGGCGGAUAUCCUCCAACUUACGCGCUAUGUGCGAGGUGUCUUCGCCGACCAGCCGACUCGCCGAUUUGUCCACGCGUUCUCCCUCUGCUCUUCAAAGAUGGAGCUCUGGGUCUUCGAUCGGUCUGGGCCGUAUAGCUCGGGGUCAUUCGAUAUUCACGACGAGCCGGACAAGUUCGCGCGAGCUCUUGUUGGAUACGCUACGAUGAGUGACGAUGCGAUGGGCCUGGAUACGUUCAUCGAACGAGAGGAGGGCCAUCGCUAUGCCACUCUGGAGGACGCAAGCAGCAACGAAACAAGAGUCAGGUUGGAGGAGCUGAUAGUCAGGCAGUGCGCUAUCGUGUGUCGUGGAACUACGUGCUAUAAGACCCGAAAUAGCCAGGUCGCGAAGUUCUCGUGGGUAUCGGAUAAGCGGAAGCUAGAGGUGGAGCAACUGAAGCUAGCGGAAGAACGGGGCGUCAAAGGAGUGGCCAGAAUGGUGGCACAUCGUCGAAUCACCACCAUUGGAGAGAUGCGGGAGGGUCUGGAAUUUCCGAAGCAUCACCGGUUCCGGGAUGAGGCCGUUCACUUUGAAGAUCCGCCGUCGGCCGCAGGAACGUCGGGCCACAAACGCAACUCAUCGUCCGAUAACACGUCUGACAACAUGUCUGGAUCCAAGAGGCGGCGGUCCAACAGUCAGAAGUCGAAGUUGGCCACGGAGUUCAACGACCAGCUGUCGAUCGGCAAGGCUAAGCCGAGCCUGUACAACCCUGGCGAGGACCUGUGGGAGAGCAGGAUAUAUUCCUGUCUUGUCGUCUCACCAGCCGGCCGUGUCAUCGGCGACUUCAAGACGAUCAAGGAACUGCUGCAGUCGAUGCGAGAUGCAAUCAGGGCGCACCAGUCUCUCUAUGUGACUGGCAAGAUUCUCCACCGCGACAUCUCUUCAAAUAACAUCAUAAUUACGAAACCUGAGAUGGCGGAUGGCUUCAAGGGCAUGCUCAUCGACCUUGACCUGGCCAAAGUGAGAGACAGUGGCCCGAGCGGAGCGCGGCACCAAACCGGCACGAUGCAGUUUAUGGCAGUGGAGGUGCUGCGCAAGGCCGAUCACACCUACCGCCAUGAUCUCGAGUCGUUCUUCUACGUUUUGCUUUGGAUGUGUGCGCGCGAAUCAUGGACCAAGAAAAAUUUUAGCCGCGGGGAGGAGCCGCCUAAGGAGAGCCUUCUUCGGAAAUGGGAGAUCGGAAGCUUCAAAGACAUUGCUCGGAUCAAAGCAGGUGACAUGGCCAUGGAUGGGCUUGAAGGGAUAAUGAGCGAAUUUCCAGAGGCGUUGGAUGUUGUUAAGCCGCUCUGUCUCAGGAUCAGGUCGAUAAUGUUUGGAGACAUAGCGAGGUUGAGUUUUGGAACACCUGCAGGAGACCCAGACCAACUUUACAGGCCCAUUAUAGCCGCCUAUGAUGAGGCUGUAGGUAAGCUGAAUUGA